AUGUCUGAACAUUAUCCUGGCCACGAAGAGAAGCACACCGACUGGUCAUACCGAGAGUUUCUAACACUUCACCAUGAUGUUAUUGUGGCUUCACCCCCGUUUUCAGAUGAUUGGUAUGGCCUUGAUGGCGCUUGGUUUCAUCGAUUUUUGAGGAAAGGGGCUCCUAGUCUGUUGACAUUCAGACUAGAAGUAUCAGUUGACAUUCUGGCCCAAGUAGAAUCUGAACGUCAAAACAAAGCCUUGCUGAAUUAUUGGGAAGAGAUAAUCCAUGAGCGGAAGAAGCUGGCAGUAAAACGCACUCACGUUAAUGGAAGCCUUGAUAUAUUGAAUGAAGCGGGAAGAUAUAACAAAGAGGCGAUAAUAUUAGAAGGUCUUUCAAACCCAUUCCUCAAAAGGGGAAAUGUUGCACUCACCACUCUUACUACGAAGUUCAUGAAACAUGCUAACAAGAUUCAAAUGGAGGAGGAGGAAGAUGUAGAAGUUGACGAUGCAGAAGAAACAGAGAAUAAUCACAAUAUCGAUGCCGAGGAAGCAAACAUAAGCGUUUCUGGGAUUACAGGGGAACGUCUAACAGAUGCAUCGAUGAAGGAGUACACGCAACAGUACGAAGACAUGGACGACAAAUAUAAGUGGAAACUGGAGUCUGGGCGGAGAGUGGAAGAUGUUUUGUACGAAUUUGGCUGCUCACGUCAAUUUGAGCAUUUAGCUCAUUCGUUUACGAUCGACUUGGAUGACCGUCAGAUGAAGUCACUCUUCAAAGAUGAAGAGUGGAAAGAGAUUCUAGAAACGAACGUAAAGGAUGACCCGACGCUUGAUGACGAUUUGGAACGUUGUAUAAAUGCAUUCGCUAAGACAAAUCUUGCCGACAUUCGUGAAGCGAUGUCACAGUUUACGACAUGUCGGGGUGCCAAAUAUAGUGUGCAGCAAGACUUUGCGGUUGACGCAAUAGUUUAUGCUGUUCACAGUCUGGUCCUGUUAUACGAAAGACAGCCAAACGCACUCGGAGUUGAACACCACGAACAGUGGUACAAUGUCAAUCUGUGGGGACCAGUCAUCGACAAAGCAUUUGGGGACAUCAACGGAAUAGACAUCGUCAGAGGAGAAUCUUGUAGCUUCGCAAGCAGCGAAAGGAAGAACCGAAAACGCAAGCGCACUCACAGGAAGUCACUUGGACGACGUGGGGACGCAAUUAUAAGAAAGAAUAGUGGCGGGCAAGUGUUGGAAUUCGGAGGGUCCGAAGCAGGAAGGUGGUACACUGGCAAGGGAGGAUCCAAGUGGCUUGUUGAGACUGGUUUGAAGCUUCCCAAGACGCUUCGGGAUAUGUUUGCUGGGCUCUGCAGUCGCGUAAAAUGGCGCGCACACAUAAUUCAAAAGCUUGAAACGAUCGGGUAUAUUCAUGGAGGACGCGUUUUAAUGUUAAUGGCAUUGGACAAUCCAUCCGGAUAUGUUAUGCGUCUUACGAAGAGCGACGUGUUUGAGAUUCCGGAGGACGUGGCGUCCUUUGCUUUGGCUUUAGAGUUAAUUGCUGCCGUCUGGAUGUCUAAGGUUCAGAUGAGAGUACAACGAACGAUGAAUUUAGUACAAGAAAUCCCGCUCGACUUGAAAAGGGUCGGAAUGACGAACCGUAAAACUGCUGUGCACCAGCUUCCUGCAAGCCUUACGACACCUGAGAAGAAAAAACGCUAG